GUUUGGAUGCAUGCAGACCUAGGCGCCAAAAAGAGCGCGCGCAGGACAAACGCCAGCAACUGCUGGGUCAACUCAGCCGUUACAGCAGCGCCAGCCCUCGUGCCCUCCUUCGCCGUGCUGCGCCCAAUCUACGGGCAGGAUCUGGCCGCUGUACGGGCUGGUAUCCAAAGCUUCAUGUAGUAGUUGGAACGCGAUGCAAUCCUGGUUACUCCAAUUGCAGCUUAUUUCGAGCCCUCCGAUCCCUCCGCUGUUGCCCGCGAGCUGGCCCUGGCCGUCGCCAGAACAUCCUUAAGCCCACACGGAGCUCGUCCGCAGCCGUAGCUCCAAAACCGCCCUCCGCCGCAGUCACAGCAGCCACCUCGAGCCCCCGACACCAGGAUCCUUGUUCUAGUCGAUGCUUGUGCAAGACGCCGCCCCGAGGAGCUGGUGGGCAAAAGAACCGAGGCGGAGAAGGCCGAGGAACAAAGGCUGUGGUACAAGUUUAAGGAAGACAGAGCCACCUUAAGACAUCUGCCGCCCUAGCUGCAGGCAACUAUCGAUGAGCCUCAGGGCCGCCACCCUAUAACCAGUCAGCAGCGUGCUUAGAGGAUUGCUAUUUCAGUCGAUGUGCUCUACUGCAUUCCCGCGAUUUCGAGCUCCCUCAGCCGCCCAAGGUAUGGGGUUUUGCUCGCCCUUUGACCGGCGCGUGGUACCCUCGUCGAUAUUAUAGUACUUUCCCUCUGCUAGCUUGGAAAAGUCCUUAGGACAGAGGCAUCCGCGGCCCGCGGGGCGCCACGCAGCGUCGGACAAACAUGGAAAGGCCAAGUUGGGCAGGCCGCUGCUCCGGUGCGGUGCUGUUGGUUCGGGGGCAAGCCGCUGGUGACGGUGGGAAUGCCUUUUUGGAAAAGUAUUGCAGGAUUUGGUGCCGACUUGGUUACCCCCUGCUCCUCCAGCCCCCGGGAAACUUGUGAUCGAAAUCAAGGGUGCGCCCGCCGCCGGUGGUGCUAUCGCUGCCGCGGCCGCUCGUCCUCCCGCCGCUACCCGUGCCGAGCCCUGCUUCCGCUGCGAGUGCUACUAGUAGGCUAGCGUGCGCACGCGCCCGCUUCGAGGGCAUGGUCGUAACCGCGGCUGCAAGGCCGCCUUUCCGCUCGUGCUUGGCCGGCACGCGGCCUAGGUAGCCGCGGCCGACGCCCGCGCCUCCGACGAGGCGCUCAAGCAGCUCAAAACCGCCUGCGCGAUCCAGCGCCGCGCCGCCCAGCUGGAGAAGAAGCGCAAGCUCCCUCUGCACGCCCGCAUACAGUGCUCCGCUAAUGUUAUCGCAAUGGUGCUGCCUUUCAGGAUAUGUCCGCCGCCGCGGCGCUCGAGGCGGGCGUGCGCGAGCCCAAGCGAGGUGGUGGCCCAUCCGGGACCGAGUCGCCAUCGAAGCGCCGUCGCGCCACCGCGCGCCCCUCCCACGCCGAUGCUGCCUUUACCCGCGCCGCCGCCCGCCCCUCACGCGCCGGCAAGGGCAAGGUCCCAGCGACGGACCGGUCCGGCUUCCCGGCCCGUGCGGCCGAUGACGGACAAGCAGAGCACGAGCCUGUGAAGUCCGUUGGGGGCUAGGGGCGAAGGGAUACCACACUACCUAGGCAGCAUCCUGGGCGGGUUUGCCGGCGCGAGUGGGGGGUGAGGGGGGGGACAAGUCCCAAUCAUGAUUCUCACAGAAGCGCUGAGGCUUGGAAUGGCUGCACUGAAUGUGGUAGAAGCGACGACAAUAUGCAUCUUUUCUGCGUAGACGCAGGGGAUUGGAUGUCGCAACACCCUCCUUCAUGCAACAGAUUGUCCGAGGAAAUCCGGCCGGCGAUGUGAAGUCGUGUCCUCAUAGGAUUGUACCAGCGUUCCACAACAUUCGGGUAAGCCUUGACCCGGCUGGACCGCGGUAAUAUCGAUACGAGGUGUUAGUUGCAUGGCCGGCGCUUCCAGACCCCAGGUCAUGCUGAGGCAGCACCCGGCCUGGGGGGCAUGGUUCUGGCCUGUAUGCGGCUCAUGUCCAUGCCUAUGGGUACAAGACAUUACUAGCAAUCCCGCCCAUUUUACUGGCUCCAAGACAGCAACGGACAAAAAGUGGGCCAAGAACUUCGAGGUCAUUAUCGACUUGCGCGUGCACACUUACAGUAACGUGAACGAACAUGGGCGGAUAACCAUCGCCGACUGGGACACCGCCAUGCUCCCUCCCUUCGCCGACGAUAAGCUGAGGAUGGACGCGCUUGGCGAGCGGCCCAACCGGAGACUCCACCGCCUCUACGCCGAGCCCGACAUGGCUCUCUGGUCCCACACAGAGGUUUCGAACGUCGUGCUCGCCGCGUGGAACAAGUACCCUGCGGCUUUGCAAACUUCUGAAGCCAAGGCGGGGAUUGACGCGUCCGCCGCAGAGACGGUCGACGUUACCUACAGGCUGCCAGCGGGGGGCAGGCAACCGCUCGUUAUUGGCGAGUUUAAAAGGAACCUCAUCGACCCCGAGGAGUGGAUGGCCGGGAGCCUCACAUCCUCCAAGAGCCUUUCGAAAGAGCUCCGAGGGUACGCGUACAAGUACAAAUGCCCCCAGAUCUUCUGCUUCGACGGCGAGGUCCUGCUGCUGCUGCAGUUCCGCGCCGGCAACGUCGAGGAAAUCAAGAGUAAGCACUGCCCGGUCGACUGCUGGGUCAUCCCGCGGCAGAGCGCGCCGGGCAGCUGCACGAUGCGCGAGGGCCUCCACCGCCUGCUCGUCCAGGGUUUUCGCCGCGUCCAAAGCCUAGCCGCGGUCCCGAACCUGCUCGUUAAUGGCCACGCGCCGCAGUACCGCGAGUUCUACUCAGGCCGGCCCGUUUUUGCCCACAACGGCGCGCUCAGCUACGAGCACCCCCUAGACGGGAACCAGGGGGUUUUUGACCGCGAGGUCGACACCAAUGACGGCUCUGUCUACUGGCGCCUCAACAAGCAGCCGUUCCUCGACCAGAACAACUUGUUGGUCCGCGACACUGGGGCCAUGUGGUAA